AGGUAAUUUAUUUUUAGUUCAUAAAGGUUUUCUUAAUUAUAUAAAGAAUCACAAUUUUAGUUUUUUCACAGCUACUCGGUUAAGAAAAUGACGGACCUGCCAAAUAUGCCUUCUUUCGAAAGCCUUGCACUAAGACCUGAACAGCGUUGCAAUAAAGUUUUUAAUGCUAUAAUAAAAACAUUGCUGCAUAACAGAAACCAAUGGAUGACUGCAAUGCAGUUAGUCGACGAUUGUCGGAAAUUAGAUCUAGCUCAACUUCGGGGAAAUACGCCGAGAGCUACCAUUCAAGGUGCAAUUUCCACAGGACUCUCUACGGCCAGAACACUAAAAGUAGAACCUCCUAUUGAAAAAUAUAAAGCUACUUAUGGUGUUUGUUAUCGAAUUUCCUUAAGUCUUUUUCCAAAAGAUUCAGAAGUUAUUGCCUCGAUGGAUAUGAAUCCUCCUCCCGAUAAUGUGAACCAAAAUCCUCCGGUAAGAAAACCUCGUCCUAAAGCGCGAAAACUCACGUAUACUAAAAAGAGAACACAAACACAAGUAAAAAAUAAAAAACCCCCACCAAAGAGGCCUGCAAUCAGGAAAAUCACACAAACGAAAAGAACUAAAUCUCGACAGCAGCUCUAUGAAUACACGUCGGAAAGCGAUUCUGAGGAAAGUGAUUCUGUUGAUAGCGAAUCUGAUGAUAGUGCAACUGAUGAGAGCGAUACAGAUUCGUCAGAUGAACAACCUUCACGUAAGAGAAUUGCUAAAUAUCAUUCUACAAGUGAAUUUACAAGUGAGAGCGAGUCGGAUUCGUCUGAAAGCGAUAUAUCAAUGGAUACAUCACAGCAAGUCACAAAUGAACCAAUACCGAACGACGUCGAAGGUUUUAAUUCCUCACUGUGUACAACGAGUGAGCCAUCAAAUUUUGAUAUUAAUUUAUUCAUUGGCCCUACAUCAUUUGCUGUAGCUCAGGAAGUAGGAUACUCUUAUGCUCGAUUUCGACAUCAGGGCAAUAUGAGAUGCCCAAAGUCAAAUUGUGAAGAUUCUUUUUCAAUAAAAGAUCUUAAAAAUUCGGAUGGAUCUUUCUUGUGUAGAUUAUUUUGCUUAGCAGAUGGGCAUGGAGGUUCUGGAUGUUCCGCAUUUCUAACUAAUAAAAUACCAAGUCGUUUAGAAAAUAUGUUAUGUCAAUAUGAUUAUUCACAGCUAGAUGAUCAAAAGGUUCAGGAGAAGUUUAAACAGGACAUAACUUUGCUUAUUAAAAGGUUAGAUGAUGAAUAUCUUGAUGCUAAACGUGAAGAAUAUCGUAAAUGGCAGAAUGAUGUAAUUCAUAAUAGGGGUAGGAGUAAUCAAGUAGAACCUGUCGAUGAUGGAGCUACCCUAGUUAUUAAUCUCUUUUUUGGUGAAUGGUUCAUCAAUGUAAAUGUUGGGGAUUCCCGUACACUUGUUGGUUGUAAGACGGAUAAUAAGUGGAUGGUAGAAUUUUCUAGUGAAGAUCAUAAGCCAUAUCUAGAACGCCUCGCUUUACAAAUAUAUUCUAAUGGUGGUGUAUUUGUGGAUAAUCAGGAUAAACCUAUCAAAUUUGACCCAUUUCCUCAAGAACGUAAUGUUCGUGCAAAUUUGAAGAAUGCACGCAUUAGACUACAAGCCGCCGAUAAUGAUCUCGGUGUUCCAUACAAAAAUAAUAAUGGCAUUCAUUUUUCACUUAAUGUCGCUGCAACUUGUGGUGAUUUACUUUUUAAACUGAAUCCUUCAAAACCAGUAAUAUCUUGUAAGCCGGACAUAUUUUUUGAAAAAUUAGGACCAUUUACAGAAUAUAAUGGUAAUAGAUUCAUGUUAAUGAGUAGCGACGGAUUAUUUGACCAUUUGUACUCGAAUAAGGCAGAAUUGCAAAAUCAAACAAUCGCUACUUGUAUUGGACAACAACUGGAUGCUAGAUGCCAGCUAAAGAAAAUUGUAGCUCAUCUUUGUAAUCGAGAGGGUGAUCGGGUCUUAUUUGAAAAUACUUUACAGGAAUAUGAUGAUUGCACAUGUAUAUUAGUAUUGAUGUAAAAUAUUUUUUAGUUUGUGUACUUGUAAAUUUGAUUUUUUUCAACUAAAUUUCAAAAAUAACCUUUGCUUUGCAUAUUUCUGUUAAUUAGCAAUUUAAUUGUUAUUUUAA